AUGGCCCGUGAUGGCGACGAGAUUGCAGACUCAGAUGGCGAGAGCGAUGUUAAUGAUGCACCCUCUCCGCCCCAGUCACAACUCUUGCCAAAGACGCAUCAGGGUCAGGGUCAGACUGUGCCAGAUAUCGAUCUGGGAGUCAACUUCAGUGAUUUCCUAAGCCAAUCGCAGACUCACCACAUGAACGCUACGCAGCAGUCUGUGCGACAAGAAGAUCACCCCGAAGGAAUUGAAAAGAGUACUGGUACUACAGCCAGUCUCAGAAGACAGAUCGAAAGUGAGCAGCGCAAGCUUGCAGAGCAGAAGAGCAGCUCAAGCACCCGACUCUCAGACAUCAAGAAGCGCUCAAAGUCCUCUUCGGACUCCCCUACUGUAGCCAAGACCAAACGCCGGCAUAGUGAGCUUGGGAGUACCAGCCUGAUGGAAGGACAAGAAUCCAGGCAGAAGCGGCAGCAUACUUACGGUAGCAGCAGCAGUCGUCUGCGGUCGAGCCAAAGUGAUGUUUUCGCAGAAGAGCAUCGACAUCAACUUGAGGAAAGUCUGGCCGAGGUUGCUUCGAGUAGGGAUCCGGGGCAUUCAUCAUAUCAGCCAGAAGACGAUGGUCGUACAUGCGAUCAGCAAACAGGACUCACUGCAGGAGUUGGUCAACAUCAUAUCGGGAGCCACGACGCCGCGGUCAAUGAAGAAUCUGCUUUGCAAUGCCAGGAUGGUAUUCAAGCAGACCACGUUAGAGGUACCAGCGAUAACGCUGAUGCUUUCGAGGAGUACAUGCAGAUGUCAUCAGGACGGAUCUCGAAAUCACGAAGUUUGAUGGGCAACUACGAGUCAAUCAGCCUGGAUUAUAGCGAUAGUGGCCUUGGCCUAAACGUCAAUGCGAACCCAUUUGGAGACGCGUCACAGCAGUCAGUAGAAGACAUCACUGAUCGAACACAACCGGUGAGGCGUGAAGCGAUCUUUACCCCUUCCAAGGCGAGCACUCUAGAUACCAUUCCCUUGUCAGGCAAUCGGGACAGCCUUGCAAACCACGUGCUCCAUCCUGACAUUUCAGGCAUUGACGGUGCUUCUAGUCUGCGCGAAAACAGCUAUAGUCGAAUUGAGUCAGGUCGCUCAAGAUCAUUUAUCGAUCCAUCAGUUCUCACAAAAUAUCCUGCAGACAAUUCGCAGGAACUUGCUGACUCCAACUCAUCUUCCUCACGAAAACGCAGGAAAACUGCUGAUGGAUUUGCACUCAACGUCGCCUCUACAGCUCACGACACAGAUAUUCCGCCAAUAUUGUUAGCUGCGACUAAGGAGACCCCACCGCCCAAAACUGAGACGCAAGGGAAGAAGCGAGGGCGGAAGCCCAAAAAUCAGAAUGUCGAGUCCAGCAACGGACAUCAUUCUGAGCAUUCUGAGGAACACAAUGAGGAGAGUGUGGAAUGUGCUGCAAAACAUACGUCAAGCGAACUGCAUUUCGACGACGAUUCAAUUAUUGGCCUACCAAAAGAGCAGUAUAAGCCGCGACCUAGUCGCUCUCGAUCGAAACGUAACGCGGAAGAAGAGAUGCCUCCACCUGCUCAAAGCCCAACUAAAUCUGUCCAUACCCCUACCAAACAGCCUCAAACGUCUCAUUCAAAGGACACAGCGCAACCUAACGACCCAGAAGACACUCCAUUGACAAAACUGAAGAAAGAGAAGAAGAAAAACAAGAUGAAGAGGGCCAAGACGUCAGCAGCGGCAUUGUUGAAGAAAUCGGAUAGAAUGCUCAGUGAUGGUGAAGAGGAUGUAGUGUGGGUGGACAGCAAGCCUGCCACGGUGAAGAUGAAGCUUCCUGAUCCGGUGGAGGUGAAGGAGUAUUUGAAGACUGAAAAAGUGCCUCCUGAAGACAAUGAGGUGGGGCCAGCCGGGGCAGCUGAGAUAUCAAUCAACCUUCCCCAGACGGAAGAAGAACCUCACAAGCCACCGCCGAAAAAACGGGGCAGGAAGAAGAAAACAGCUACUGAGAUGCCAGUCGCCAACGAGAUCGAAAAUGGCUCUAAUGGUACCACCAAUGCAUCAGCAGAAGCGGAAGCGGAAGAGCCCACACCGGUUGGAGAAGAAGCCACUUCUAAUCAGCCCAGGGUGAAAGCCUCUGCGCUCCCAGAAGCGCUGAAAGAAAAAGACGUUAACACACCCCGUACUGCUACGUCCCAACCCAUCAACGAAGAUACCUCAACUCCUCAGGAAAUAAAGGCCUCAGAAGACACGCACACCACUUCCGCAGGCCGGCAAGAGUCACCCGAAAACCAGCAGCAACCAGCAUCAGCACCAGCACCAGCACCAGCACCAGCACCAGCACCAGCACCAGCACCAGCACCAGCACCAGCACCAGCACCAGCACCAGCACCAGCACCAGCACCAGCACCAGCACCAGCACCAGCACCAGCACCAGCACCAGCACCAGCACCAGCACCAGCACCAGCACCAGCACCAGCACCAGCACCAGCACCAGCACCAGCACCAGCACCAGCACCAGCACCAGCACCAGCACCAGCACCAGCACCAGCACCAGCACCAGCACCAGCACCAGCACCAGCACCAGCACCAGCACCAGCACCAGCACCAGCACCAGCACCAGCACCAGCACCAGCACCAGCACCAGCACCAGCACCAGCACCAGCACCAGCACCAGCACCAGCACCAGCACCAGCACCAGCACCAGCACCAGCACCAGCACCACCAACACCGCAACCUAAAUCCACCGAAAACAGCAGCGAGAAGGGACCAACAAAGCACAGCCCCAUCAACCCCACAGGUGGGAAGGUCAAAUACCGUGUUGGCCUGUCGCGAAGAGCUGCCAUCCCGCCGCUGCUCAAGAUUGUGCGGAAAUAG